GGCGAUGAUAACCUAACUUUAUAAUGUAUAUUUUAAUAAAGGAAGGAGAAAUAAAAGGAAACCAUUAUAAUGAUAAUAGAGAAAAUAAGUAUUUAGCUAGUAGCUAGCAGAGAUCACAAUUAUGUUUGUUUCAAGUUUUCUUCAGCCAUUCGUUGGGAAUACGUAUAGGUAUUUUAUUAAUUUUGCGCAUGCGCACCAGCGAAAUUCGUAAAAAAGGUUGAAGUUAGAAUACAAGACGGUAUGCAUUGAUAAUGUUCAAGUUUUUUUCAUAAGGGAAACAUUAAUUAGUUGAAAAAUAAGACGUCGUAAGUUUAGCGUAAUGAGUGGUAAAUCAGGUAUAGUGUAAGCAGAAAAAUUGUGGAUUCAAAUAGUCAGGUUGGUUGUGGCUAUCGCACGAAAUUUAGAUCUUUAAUGACAUAACCUGAUGCGCUUGUCAGUUGAUUGGUGGAUCUAAAAUACGAGAUUUGAUAUAGUAACAAACAUUCCAACGAAAUAUCAGGGCAUAGUUAAUGUUGAUAUAUAAGGCAUAUUUACAUACAUAAAUGCCCUACAACUAAAAGGCGUACAGCUCUACGCUACACCGGUGAGUUCCAACACAAAAUAUUGCUUGGUAGUACGGCGGACACUCAAAGCCAACUAACCAUGUCUGUACAAAGUGUUGCUCUGGCAUCUCUCACGGCCACCUAUACCGACUCGGAGGGCGAAGACGGGGUGGAAGACGACCUUCAGGAGAAUUCGAACACUCCCCAGGGGGCCGCCCCGCAUAAUGCCCAAGUCGGUCAGCCCCAGGCUUUCACCAGUCCCAAAUCUGGCACAUCAGCCUCAAAUAGUCCCGUUGUUGCACCCAACGUCGGUGGCAAGUCUAGUAACGAUUUGUCGAACGCACCCACCUUAGUAACAGAUGUGACAUCUAAGGUGCAAAGAUUGGUUUCAUACUUUGAUGAUACAAUAGUCUCCGAUGACGAGGGAGUGGUACAAACACAAAUCGAUGGACAGCCUUUUGAAAAUGGAAGGCCCUCCUCGAUUAUGGAAUGCUCUCCCUCUUGUCAAGGAGAACAGUUAGUUUCAGAUAGCGAGGUGGAUCCCUAUGGCGUUGUUAUACCACCAGAGCCAUCAGGACAGUGUCCUGUGGAACUACAGGAAAAAAUAACAAAACUUUUUAGGAAAAUGGAGAGCGGCGGUUUGGAUAUGAACAAAGUUAUACAACAAAGGAAGGAUUUUAGAAAUCCAUCCAUUUAUGAAAAACUCGUUCAAUUUUGUAGCAUCAAUGAAUUGGGUACUAAUUAUCCUCCUGAUAGAUUCGAUCCAUUUAAAUGGGGUAAAGAUUCGUAUUACGAGGAGCUCGCCAAAGUUCAAAAGGCAAAAAUGGAUAAACUCGAAAAGGCUAGGAAAGAGAAAACAAAAAUCGAAAUUGUUUCUGGUACAGCUAAGCGACCCAAUAGUUCUAGUACAACGGAAGAUGACGCUAAAAAAAGAAAAAGUAAAUGGGAUCAAGUUGCAACUGGAGCUACUGCCUCGAUAAAGCCAACUGUGCUGUUAUCUCAACCAACUCUUACCACUUUAACAUCAUCUGCAACUGGCACCAAAGCAACGGUAAUAUCUGCUUUUGGAUCUUUACCAAAGAAAAGACUGUAACAUACCCUGUAAAUCAUUUGUAAAUAUUACGUUUUUCGAAAAAGCAACAGUUCAUCCUUCAUUUAAUGUUGUUCCAUAUAGAAAAGGAAAUUGCAGCGGAUUUCGCAUAAAUGUGAAUAUAAUAUAGACUCGCAUAACAUGCGAUCAUAUAUUCAUAUAGCCAUACAUGUUAUCCAUAAGAUUGAUUUCUUAAAUUUAAUUGUUGGUUUUGUUGAACGAUACCGAAUCGACCUUUCAUUUUAUAUAUUAUGGGAUAAACUGUUUUGGAAGUAUAUCAUUAGUAUGACGUUUGUCAGAAUGAUUAUCAACAAGGAUGCAUCAAGUCGACAGCUUUCAAUCACAUAUACAGAAAAUUAUGCAAGAGAAGGAGAGAAGAAAUAAUAUAAACUAAGAAAGAAAGGUUUCUUAGAAAAAGAAGAUUUUGAAAUUAAUGAAAUGAGGAAUAAGGUAUUGAUCGACCGUUAUAUUGAGUUUUUUUUUGUGCUUUCUUCCUCUAUAAAAUAUUUUUAAUUUAAGAUAAAUUUUGAUAUUUAUGUAUACUUUUUUCGUGACAUUAUUUUCCACGUUAAUGGUGUCUUACUUAGUGAACUAAAAGAAAGGUAUAUAGGAGAUGUAAAGGUAAUAGGAGAAAAACAGAUACAACGAUAACGUUUAUUAUGAAAGGAAUUUCCUUUUCUUUUUGUGAAUAUAUUUAUAACAUUUAGCUAUUUUUAUUUUAUUAAUCGACGAAUACCAAAAUACUGUGUAAAAUAUGUACAUUGUAACAUGUGUUGCCAUUAUAACGAAAAAUUUAGAAAUCAAUUGAAUCUUUUUCAAUUAAAAUUAUAGUGAAAAAAUUAUUAUUUGUAAAGAUAAUUGUAACGAACAAGUUCAUUCAAAUAAUUUCAAAUAGAAUUAGAAUUGACUUAGUUUCUUGUAAAUCGAAAUAAAUGGUUAUAAUGAUACUUUUAUAAGAAA